GCCGGGACAGGCCGGGCCCGCAGGGAGCCUUCGGAGGGGCUGUAAGGAGCGGGAAUACCGCUGCCCACCGGGGCGGCGCUCCCCUCUGGCCGCCUGCAUCUGGGCUUCCUGGCGAGAGAGCGGGAGCUGUGGGGAGGGGAGAGGGGCCCGAGGGGGGGUGCGCGUCCCUGCUCCACCUCUCGCUGGGUCUUUUGGUGUCCCAUGGAGAGGGUCGGACCCACGGGUCUGUGGUGACUGCCAGAGCUUUGCCUUUUGAGCCUCUUGGAGAUUACGGUGCUACGGUGCUUGAUGUCCCUUAUUUAUUUCUCUGCCCUAGCUGCUCUCCGGGAGAGCUGACACCGGGGAUUUCUGUCCUUUGCUUGAAGUCUCUCCUCUACCAGUAGGAUGAUUCACUUCUGUAUCAAACCUGGGCUUCAAAUUAUCUCUGGGUUUAAUCAUCUGUGUUUUACAAGCAGAACAGUUCCCAUAAGUGUCAUGAAGCAAUGUUUUCAGAAUGUCAUCAGGCAUCCAAAUAAAACCAAAGACUGCAGUACAGAGGAGCAAGACAUCUUCUUUGCCACAUUCUCCAGAACCUGCAACUAAACCAAAGCCUAGUGACAAGCUGAAUCCUAAAACUAUUGAUCCGUUUGAUGCUUAUUCUCGACCAACUUCUGCGUUUGCUGCUAUAUAUGCUAAAGGUGGCAUUCCGUGCAGGUUAGUUCAUGGAUCAGUAAAGCACAGACUGCAAUGGGAAUGCCUUCCUGAAACUGUUCCCUUUGAUCCUCUUCUUGUGACAUUGGCAGAGGGUCUGAGAGAGACAAAACAUCCCUAUACAUUUGUUUCAAAGGAGGCUUUUAAAGAAUUACUUAUGGUUGAAGGUGCUACUGAAAAAGCAAUUCCCUUAUUGCCUCGUCUAGUUCCAGUCUUAAAGGCUACACUGGCCCAUUCAGAUGAUGAGGUAUUUGGAAGAGGAUUGGAUGCUUUAGUUCAACUGAGUGCUGUGGUUGGCCCAUCCCUUAAUGAUCAUCUUAAGCAUCUACUCACAAACCUUUCAAGGAGAUUAACGAACAAGAAAUUUCGAGAAAAAAUUACUGUUGCUUUACAGAAGUUGGAGCAAUAUGGUGGAAAGGCGACUAUGGCUAUCAUAAAAUCUAAAAUUCCAACCUAUUGUUCUGUCUCCUCUUGAACAAGAAAACUGUAGCAAUUUGUACUGUAAGGUGAAGUUUGGAAAGAAACUGCCUGUGAACAUCACUGACACUUAUUUGGGGUAUGAUAAAAUCUCUUAAAAUAAUCACAACUCUUCAGUAUGGUGAAGAGUGGGAAAAGUCUUAUCAAUUUAUGAAUAUGUAAUUAUGGAAGACUACUUAAAAAAAUUCUCUCUGUAUUGGCUGCUGUUUGCAUAUGCAUUGUGCUUACAAUGACAUUGACUAACUGGCUAUUAUUUCAAAAGCAGAGCAAAUAUUGAUUCUUAUUUUGUUGCAAAUUACAAUGUCCUGUAAUAUAUCAGCAGUUAUUAAUGUUUUGUACAUUUGUGUGAUGCAAAAUAAUUUGGCUGUAAUUACUUAAAUAGCAUCUAACUUGGUAUUAUAUAUGUACACCCACUUUUCAGACACAUAACUUUUGUGCUGCAGGCACAGCUGAUGUGUUUUGGGUUCAUCAAGACUUACUGAGUUAGAUGUAGAGCUCUGAGAAAUCAUCUGGACUUCCUCAGAGUCAGCUUUUAAAGGUAUGAAGUAGAAUACACUAAACAGGUAGCAUGCAGUGCAAACCUGAACUUGCUCAGUGCAUUCUCAUCACCUUGUUUUGAGAAGCUGGAGAGGCUCUGGAGAACACAGUGCAGAGGCAUCAGGUUGCUCCAUAGAGCCACAGCCUAGGUUUUGCUCAGCCAAUUACUUCCAGUUAGCUUUGGGCCUACUGAAUGUAAGCUAGAUGUAUCAGGCAACUUUGGAGUAUUUACAUUGUGCUCCCUUUGCACUGAGUUCUGUAAUGCCACAGAUACGCUUAAGACCAGCCUAUAAUUCAGCUCCAGCCAAGCUAAUAAACUUCUGAAUGUGAAAGCUAUAAAAAACCCCACGAGUAAGAGACAAUAAAAAGAUUGCCGAAGUCAGCUUACCUGGCUGUCAAGCCUUGUAGGGUGCAGUAUUUGUCCAUGAACAUAUUUGAACUUGAUAACAAAAUAAUUCCUAACAAACGGAUCUUGUAUUAAAUACCGCUCAGGGUUCUCUGUAAGGGAGAGCUGACUGAGUAACAUAAUAUGCCAUAGAACUUUUUUCCCCUGAGGAAAAUUAAAUUCCAGAAUUAAAAUUUGUUUUUUAAAGGGGUUUGGUUGUUUGGGUUUUUUUGUCAUCAGAAGAUGCCGUUUCAGGUGGUAUUAAAAAAGUCUGUUGUAUGAA